GGGAAAUCAAGCUUCAAUUUUAGGGAAUAGAGAAAAAAAAUAAAGACUAAUAGUAUGGGAAAUACUUAAUAUUAGACUUUACCAAUGCGAUGUUUAUCGCUUAUAGGUCCUCAUUCUAACAGAACCAAUAUACUUGUAUAAAUAUUAUCUUUGUGUUGAUGUAUCGAUUUGAGAUCAUCAUUGGAGAGUUUUUGUUGUUAUUGCUUGUUACGUGAGAUCACGGCACGGUCUCCCUUACGAUGUAUAGUCCGAAGGACUCCGAUCGGCCAAUCGCGCCGCCUGAUAUAGACACGGAUCAGGAUGAUUUCCGCUCGAUUGACCCGGAGUCGGGGGUAAAGCGCGGACUAAAGACGCGACAUCUGAGCAUGAUGGCUCUGGCCGGAAUCAUAGGUCCGGGGCUUCUCGUCGGAAGCGGUGGUGCUCUAUCGAGUGGCGGUCCAGCAUCGUUGUUGAUUGGAUUUGGUGUCAUCGGCAUAAUCGCUUUUAGUAUUAUGCAGAGUCUAGGGGAGCUCACAACUCUUUAUCCAUCUGGUGGCGCAUUCACACAGCUUGCUUCUCGCUUCGUCGACCCCGCCUUCGCUGUCGCUGUUGGAUGGAAUUACUUCAUCAUCUGGUUUGCUGUCCUAGCCAACGAGUACAAUGCCACGACUAGCAUUCUCGUCUUUUGGAGCGACAAGGUUCCCGUUUGGGGGUACUUCUUACUGCUAUGGACCGCUUUCCUAUUGUUCCAAUUCUGUGGCGUAAGCACAUUUGGAGAAGCUGAGUUUUGGUUAGCUCUUCUUAAGCUGGUUGGAUUGGUUGCAUUUUACAUAUUCUCCAUCGUUUAUGUAUCCGGUGGGAUUAGUGGCACCGGGGCCAUAGGCUUCCGAUAUUGGCAUGAUCCAGGUCCCUUCGUCCAAGGUUUUCGUGGUGUCGCCAAAGUCUUCGUCUUCUGUUCGACAUUCUACGCCGGCUGCGAAUCGGUAGCGGUCGCUGCUACCGAGACCAAGAAUCCCCGAGUCGCCGUUCCGCUAGCGAUUCGCCAAGUAUUCUGGCGUAUCAUAUUUAUCUACAUGGGCGCGGCCUUCUUUUUCGGCAUCACUUGCCCAGCCAAUGCCGACCAGUUGGUCAACGGCAGUAGCCGUGCACUAUUGAGCCCGAUGACGGUUGCGAUUCAAAACGCGGGGUGGCAAGGUGGUGUGCAUCUAAUCAAUGCUUUCAUCUUGAUUACUUGCAUUUCUGCUAUCAACAGUUCCAUUUACAUCGCGUCGCGGACAUUACUAUUCAUGGCACAACAGAGAAUGGCCCCAUCAUUCCUCGGAUGGACAGACAAGAGGGGUGUACCAAUCCCUGCCAUCACCAUGGCAAAUGCUUUCGGCGCAUUGUCAAUGAUGAAUGUCUCAACUGGUGCCUCGGAAGCUUAUAGCUAUAUCGUGAACUUAAGUGGUGUAUCAACCUUCCUUGUCUGGGGUUCAAUUUCUCUCACGCACAUUCGAUUCCGUCAAGCUUGGAAGGCCCAAGGAUAUCAAAUCGAGGAUCUACCAUUCGUGUCUCUCUGGUAUCCAUGGAACGCAUACUUCGGUUUAGGAGCCAACAUAUUCUUGGCACUAGUGCAGGGUUGGGCUAACUUCUCUCCAUGGGACGCCGGCGGGUUCGUGGAUGCCUAUAUCUUACUACCCCUGUUUUUCGUCAUAUUCGCCGGAUACAAGCUGGUCUUCAAGACCCGAUUUUGGCGAAAGGAAGAAAUAGACUUACAAUCGGGAAGACGGCGUGACCUCGACGAAGUGAAGGAGGUGGCCGCCGGUGAGAUAGGGGUGCCUCAACCAUGGUGGCGCCAGAUACUGAAAAACUUCUAAUCUGCCCAUGUUGCACUGACCCGUUCUGAAUUAGAUACCACCCACGAUUAUUUUAGAACAGAUCAUAGAAUUAAAGUCGCUUGGAAUCAAUUCGAAGUCUUCACAAAUAUCCUUCUAGAUCGAAUUACUCGUAGCCUAUCUUUAUAAUAUUAAUUACCUACCGGAGGUAGGUACUUUAAAGACUAUGAGUCGGCAAAAACUCGAGUGGCUUAGCGACCACGAUGUCACCUCAGGCGUUCGAUGGCAAAAAAUCCCAAACGGAGUCACAAUAGCGG